CGGCCGCCGGAGGGCGGAGGCGGCGGAGGCGGCGGAGGCGGCGGAGGCGGCGGGAGGGUCUCGGCUGGAGGAGGCUGGCCCGCGUCCCCGCCCAGCCCGCGCCUAUGCGGUACCUGAAGGAUGGCGAAGAGGUCGCGCAGUGAGGAUGAGGAUGAUGACCUUCAAUAUGCUGAUCAUGAUUAUGAAGUACCUCAACAAAAAGGACUGAAAAAACUCUGGAACAGAGUAAAAUGGACAAGAGAUGAGGAUGACAAGUUAAAGAAGUUGGUUGAACAACAUGGAACCGAUGAUUGGACUCUAAUUGCGAGUCAUCUUCAAAAUCGUUCUGAUUUUCAAUGCCAACAUCGAUGGCAGAAGGUUUUAAAUCCAGAAUUGAUAAAGGGUCCUUGGACUAAAGAAGAAGACCAGAGGGUUAUUGAAUUAGUUCAGAAAUAUGGACCAAAAAGGUGGUCUUUAAUCGCAAAACAUUUAAAAGGAAGAAUAGGCAAGCAGUGCAGAGAAAGAUGGCAUAAUCACUUGAAUCCUGAAGUAAAGAAAUCUUCUUGGACAGAAGAAGAAGACAGGAUCAUAUAUGAAGCACAUAAGCGGCUGGGAAACCGUUGGGCAGAAAUUGCUAAAUUGCUUCCUGGAAGGACUGAUAAUUCUAUCAAAAAUCACUGGAAUUCUACGAUGCGAAGAAAAGUAGAGCAGGAGGGCUACUUACAAGAUGGAAUAAAGUCAGAGCGGUCUUCAUCAAAACUUCAGCAUAAACCUUGUGCGGCUAUGGACCAUUUGCAAACCCAGAAUCAGUUUUACAUACCUGUUCAGAUCCCUGGUUAUCAGUAUGUAUCACCUGAUGGCAAUUGUGUUGAACAUGUUCAGACAUCUGCCUUUAUUCAGCAACCCUUUGUUGAUGAAGACCCUGAUAAGGAAAAAAAAAUAAAGGAACUUGAGUUGCUUCUUAUGUCAGCUGAGAAUGAAGUUAGAAGAAAGAGGCUCCCAUCUCAACCUGGAAGCUUUUCUAGCUGGUCUGGUAGUUUCCUCAUGGAUGACAGCAUGUCUAACACACUGAAUAAUCUCGAGGAACACACUACUGAGUUUUAUAGCAUGGAUGAAAAUCAGACUGUUUCUGCUCAGCAGAACUCACCCACGAAGUUUCUAGCUGUAGAAGCAAAUGCUGUACUGUCUUCUCUACAGACUAUCCCAGAAUUUGCAGAGACUCUAGAACUUAUUGAAUCUGACCCUGUAGCAUGGAGUGACGUUGCCAGUUUUGAUCUUUCUGAUGCCGCUGCUUCUCCUGUCAAGUCUACCCCAGUUAAACUAAUGCGAAUCCAACAUAACGAAGGAGCCAUGGAAUGCCAAUUUAAUGUCAGCCUUGUACUUGAAGGGAAAAAGAACAGCUGUAAUGGUGGAGACAAUGAAGCUGUCCCUCUAACCUCCCCAAAUGUGGUCAAAUUUAGCACUCCACCAACCAUCCUCAGAAAGAAGAAGCGGAUACGAGUGGGCCAGUCUCUAGGCAACGAGCUAGGGGAUGGCUCAUCCCAUGAAGGAAGUAAUACAGCACUGAGACACACACCAGUGAAAACACUACCGUUUUCUCCUUCACAGUUUUUUAAUACAUGUCCUGGGAAUGAACAACUUAAUAUAGAAAACCCUUCAUUUACAUCAACCCCAAUUUGUGGGCAAAAAGUUCUGAUUACAACUCCUCUUCAGAAGGAAGCAACUCCCAAAGACCAAAAAGAAAAUGUAGGGUUUAGAACACCUACUAUUAGAAGAUCUAUAUUGGGUACUACACCAAGAACUCCAACUCCAUUUAAGAAUGCACUUGCUGCUCAGGAAAAGAAAUAUGGACCUCUUAAAAUUGUGUCCCAGCCACUUGCCUUCUUGGAAGAAGACAUUCGAGAAGUUUUAAAAGAAGAAACUGGAACAGACAUAUUCCUCAAAGAGGAAGAUGAACCUGAUUACAAAAGCUGCAAGCAAGAGCAUUCUGCAUCUGUGAAGAAAGUUAGAAAAUCACUAGCCUUAGAUAACUGGGACAAAGAAGAACCAGGCACUCAGCUACUAACUGAAGACAUUUCAGACAUGCAGUCAGAAAAUAUACUUACAACAUCUUUAUUAAUGAUACCAUUAUUGGAAAUACAUGACAAUAGGUGCAACUUGACUCCUGAAAAACAAGAUAUAAAUUCAGCCAACAAAACAUAUACACUUACUAAAAAGAAACCAAACCCUAACACUUCUAAAGUUGUCAAAUUGGAAAAGAAUCUUCAGUCAAAUUGUGAAUGGGAAGCAGUGGUAUAUGGGAAGACAGAAGACCAGCUUAUCAUGACCGAACAAGCAAGAAGAUACCUGAGCACUUACACAGCCACCAGUAGCACUUCGAGAGCUCUGAUACUCUAAUUGUUACUAACACUGAUAGAAUUGCUACCCCUUAUUGUGCUCUCUGCCAUAUUAGGAUGCAAUG